AUGAUUCACGGACUCUGUGGAACAUUAAAUCCACACUCACCUUGCAUGGAAGAUGGAAAAUGCUCAAAAGAAUUUCCAAAGGAAUUCCCAAAUAAGACUAUGGCAAAUAAAGAUGGCUAUCCACGAUAUCGCAGAAGAGAUAAUGGAAUUACUAUUAACAUUGGCAAAUAUGAAGUUGACAAUAGAUUGGUAGUUCCUUAUAAUCCAUACCUACUAAUGAAAUACAAUGCUCAUAUUAAUGUGGAAAUCUGUGCAACGGUGAAAAGUAUCAAAUAUUUAUUCAAAUACAUUUAUAAGGGACACGAUUGUGCCAACAUUAAAUUUGAACGAUCAAUUCAAGAAGGUGUUGCUGCCGCUCAAGGAACUUUAGAAUGGGAUGAGAUUAAAGCACAUCUCGAUGCAAGAUAUGUGAGUGCACCUGAAGCUGCAUGGAGACUUUUUGAAUUCCCAUUACAUGAUAAGUCACAUGCUAUUAUCCGAUUAGCCGUCCAUCUUCCAAAUCAACAAUCGGUUUAUUUUGUUGAAGGAAACGAACGACAAGCUUUGCAAAGAAAUGCUGCAAAAGACACAACACUUACUGCAUGGUUUAAAUUAAACUCCAAAAAUCCAGAUGCUCGACAGUAUCUUUACCAUGAUAUCCCACAUUAUUUUGUUUUUGAACACGAUAAUGCGACAUGGAAGCGUCGACUACAAGGUGAAAACAUCAUUGGUAGAAUGUACUCUGUCAGUCCCAGUGAUGUAGAACGCUACCAUCUUCGAUUACUACUAUUAUACACUCCUGGUGUCUGUAGUUUUGAUGACCUCAAAACAGUAGAUGGCCAAAUCUGUCAAACAUUUAUGGAUGCUGCUAAGCGACGAGGCCCAUUACGUGAUGAUACUGAAUAUGAAAGAUGCAUGGCUGAAGCAGUACUCUUCCAAAUGCCACAACAGCUAAGAACACUUUUCUAUGUGAUACCUCUAUAUUGUAAUCCAACAAAACCAAUAGAUCUCUGGAAUUCGUUUAAAGCACAUACGACCGAGGAUUUUAUGCAAUCGAUGAAAAGCUAA